CGUCAAUUUGUCGUGGACAUAUGUUCUGUGGUCGUUGUCAAAAGUGUCAAGUGUCAAGAGAACACUAUCUAUCUAUGGAGAAUACCUAAACAAGAGAACAAGAUAAAAAAAGCGGCUUUUAAAAUGGGUGGAUGUCGUUGUUCAUAUAAAAAUUGUACGAACACCACGAAAACAACCGAAAAUAUUCACUUCUUUCACUAUCCAGUUAAACACCGAGACAGGUGUAUAGUAUGGAUCGAGAACGCAUGCAAAAAGGAAUUCUACAAUUUGGAAGAGGACCAGUUAAGGAACAAGGUGGUUUGCGAGCAACAUUUUGACCCUCGGUGGUUCCCAAAUCCCCAAAGAAAGAGACUGUUACAGAACGCCGUACCAACUCUUGAUGGAGACGCCAUAGAAAGUUUACCUAAAAUAGCUAAAACCGAACCCGAUAAUGUGCCCUUCUUCCCAUCUUCGAAUCAGUACAAGGAUAUUAAAGUGGUACCUGCCAACGACGACGGUACGGUUUUCGUUUUAGACACAGAAAAUAUGUUUACAGUCUCACCAAAAAUCGAAUCAUAUGUUAUUAAAAACGGAGUUCUCGUCCCUACGAACUCCAACAAUGCUCCAUCUAAAAACGUAAAAAAUCUUUCGAAUCAACCAAAACCAGUAGCCAAUAUAAAUGCUUGCCCGGGUAUCCCAGGUCCUUCAAAACCACCUCUAGUGAAGCAAGAAAUUCCUGAAACGUGUGAACCCACUACCAUGGAACAGGAAGAUGAUGUCAGUUUAUUAAUAUAUGAUGAUAAUAUCAAUGAAUCUUCGGACUUGGAAGAGAAAAAGACAGCAGGGGCAUCACUGAAGAAUUUGGUGUCAAGAAAUUAUUUACGUAAAAUCAAGCAGCACAGCAGAGAUAUUGCUUCAAUAAAGAGAAUGUUAAAACAGAAAAGGAUUGCUGAAGAGAAACCUAGCAGAAAAUCUAUAAUAGAUGCCUUAAGGAGUGACAUACCCCCAUCCUUAUUAACUGUAAUAAGCUUAAUUCUAGGAGAAAAAAAUGAAUUAAAUGAUGAGGAUGUAGAAUUCUUUACGACAAUUCAUAGGUCAUCUUCUGAUGUUUAUCAAUUACUUUCUGAUAAAUACAAAUGGAACUUACCAAGUGUUGAUAUAGUGGAAGGUCCUGAAUAGGGAUACUUAACGUCUCAAGAAAUAGCAAAAUGUGUCAAUAUUUUUAUAUUUCUUUUUUAUAUAAAAAAACAGAACGAAUAUUUAAAAGUAUUAAUCUAUUUAUCUUUAUUUUCUAUUGAAAUAACAGAUUUUGCCUUCUUACUUAUCUUAAAUUAUGUGUUUCUCUGUGUAAUCAAUAGAUUUUUGUUACCUAGAAAUAAACUAUAAUGAAUCUA